AGCUGAGCCGCGUCAACCUCUGGCAGCACCGGUCUUCGGAAUUCAGCCGUUCGCCUAGUUGAGGUUUCAACUUUCAACGGCCGAGCAGCUUUCGCCCGAGGUGGAUGCGAUAUCAAAAUGCUUGAUAUUGACAGUGUCCUGCGCGGACGCCUGCGUCAAUGUUGUUCAACAUCCCCUUCGUCAAGACUACCUCUGACAAGCCUGGCAAAAUGGAGUACUCUCAUCACCUGAACUCUAAACGUUUUGACAAGAACGCCGAGUCCGAGGCAGCUGUGUGUAUGCAAAACCUUGCCAACUGGGCACCGGCUGUCGAUGAGAUUCGCACCUGGCCUGAAUAUACUCCUCAGUCCCUACAUGCACUCCCUGGCCUCGCCAAGAAAGUAGGCAUUGGCCAGCUCUUCGCGAAAGAUGAGAGCAUGCGAUUCGGCACGGCUCUAGGGUCCUUCAAAGCGCUGGGCGCACCUUACGCUGUGUACAGAAUCUUGGUCGACGAAGUCUAUUCGAAGACAGGAGUGCGGCCAUCUUCUGCCGAGCUACGUACUUCGAAGUACCGCGAUAUCACUCAACAGGUGACCGUUUGCGUCGCCACGGAUGGCAACCAAGGCCGCGGCCUUGCUUACGGGGCUAAGACCUUUGGGUGUCGCUGUGUUGACUAUAUCCACGGCCAUGUCAGCGAAGGUCGUGCCAAGAUUAUGAAGGAGCUCGAGGCAGUGGUGAUUCGGAUCGAUGGCGAAUACGAGGCAUCCGUGGCUCGAGCCAAAGAAGACGCCCGUAUGAAUGGAUGGUACUUUGUGAGCAGCACAUCCUGGUCCGACUUCGACAAUGGCAUUCCUCAGCACGUCAUGAAUGCGUACAUGGUGGUCCUCGAGGAGGCACUGGGCAUGAUCCCGUCGGUGGACAAGAUCACUCACGUUUUCGUUUGCGGCGGCGUAGGAAGUAUUGCGGCAGCGAUCUUCCAGGGGUUUUACCGAAGUUUCCUCCAAAUUUUCCAGACAACCAUCACCACCCCCUCUCACAGCUUCCCACGGUUCAUCGUCGUUGAGCCAAAGGAGGCGGACUGCCUGUUCCAAAGCGCUAGGAAUGGAGAGACACGCCAGUCUGAGGGAACACUGCACACUGUUAUGGCUGGUUUGGCCUGCCGCGCACCGUCUCCUGCCGCCUGGAAGGUACUCACUUGGCUCGCUAGCGACUUUGUUGCAGUACCUGAUUCCGCUGCGGUGGAGGGCAUGAAGGCGUUGGCGAGUGGAAGCGAGGGUGAUGUUCCAGUAGUUUGCGGAGAAUCCUCGGCGGCUAGCUUUGGCGUCAUGCUGGAAUCAGCGACGGAUACAAAUUUGCGGGAGAAUCUCGGUCUGGAUGACAGUAGUCAGGCCAUCUUUUUCGGGCUGGAGGGGGCUACCGAUCCGUCGAUUUAUGAAUAUCUUGUCGGAAAGUCUGCUCAGUCUGUUUUUGAGUCCCAAGGACGCUUUUCAGCCAGAAACUCGGACUACACGUCCAGUAUCUAGGCCAACCACACCGUUGUUUAAUAUUAUUGUUAGACUAGCUAUAAUAAUUUCGAUAGAAGUAUUGAAAUACCUGGCACCAGAAGCCAGACCACUCUUCCC